AUGGCCUCAAUUCUAGGCUGGAAAGACAUCCUGAGGCCUAUCAGAGAUGGGUAUCGCCAUCUGUUCCCGACGCCAGAUACCGGUCCCUCUCCAGAAGAGCGCCGGCUACAACGUGAACGAGAUCGCCUGAAGGGUUUCGAGUAUUUCGACACUUUCGACCAGCUCGAAGGUUGGGAAGAGAGCGAUUCAGACCCACUGCAGAUAUCGAAUACACCAUUACUACCUCGAAUUGUUGGCACUGCGGCAAAAGAAGGACCCAAAGCGCGCGUCUUACUAGUCCAUGACUAUGCAGGCAAUUACCACGAUUACGAAAACGUGCAAGGUGCGGAUCUCGCAGAAGAGAUGUAUGCAUGUGAGGACCUUCAGUACGUCGACUCAUUUGUGUACUUCUCCCAUAAGCUAGUCUGUGUACCUCCACCAACUUGGGCCAACACACUCCAUCGCAAUGGUGUCUUGGCUCUUGGUACCAUCCUCGUCGAGCCGCAGACCAAGGAGACAGAUAGAUUUUUGCAGCACACAAGCAGUGAUGGCAACAUGACAUUCGGUCUCGCCACAAAGCUAGCCAAUAUAGCGAAGCACUAUGGUUUCGAUGGCUAUCUAGUCAAUAUUGAGAUACCUUUCCCAAGAGAGGCUUGGAGUCCGAACAUACUUCAAGCCUUCCUGGUGCAGUUGAGAGACGAGCUGGGUGACAAUAGGCAAUUGAACGCUCUAACCGCCUCCAAUCUUCUCUUUGCCCAAGCUUGUGGCGGCAUCUUGACCAAUUACUGCUGGGGCGAGUCCGAGGCAAGCAGAUCGAAGACGAUUGCUUUGCAGUCAGGCUUUCCACCCGAACAGAUCUUCUUUGGCGUCGAUGUCUGGGCGCAAAAUAAUUCAGGGUCACACCAAUCCAGAUCUACGUAUCCCAAAAAAGGUGGCGGUGGAACCAACACUGGUGCAGCUGUGACAAAGCUCGCAGAACUCGGCUUGUCCGCUGGUAUCUUUGCACCUGCCUGGUCUUUUGAGCACUUUCCUGUGCAGGGUAGAGCAAUCGAGCGGACAAUGUGGCACGGUGACGAUUUACCAAACGAUGUCGACUGUUCUUGUGGAAAUGCAGCAGUUCGACAUCAACAGACACAGGGAUGCUGUAUCACCAAAUCUGCCAGGUGUUUUCCAGCUGGAUGGGAAAUGUUCUUUUUUACUGAUUUCAGCCGCAGUUUCGCGAAGCACGUCACAGAUGGGCCAUUGCACGCACAACUUGGCGCGCAAGCUCCUCUUCCUAUACCAGUACCAUGUGUCAAUCAAGGCAGCCAAGCCCGCAUCGCACACAGGUUAGCACAAGGUCCUCAAAGCAAGCUGGUAAUCGAAGCCCACAACUGCAUACAGGCCGAUGUGCUUACCCAGUACUUCGACUGCUACAUACCUCUCUACAGCUUGAAUAUGCCUGCAGUCGGUGGUCUGGCAUUGGAAGUCACUUAUCGCAAUCUGGCCACUGAUACAGGCGCAGUACCAAGCUUGUCUCUCAAGCUCAUCAAUCGCGAUGAGCCACGACUGCUACCGAUAGAAGACAAUGGGGGAGUCCACACGAUGCGCGCAAAGAUUGGUCCGCAAACAGACACAGACGAGGGCGGUGGCCUAAAAGAAUUGGGGUUUCACCUCACUGGCUUUGGUGGUGAAGGAACCGUCCCUAUCCUUGAGAUAUACACAAUUUCGAUCACGCCACUUCAGAGCGAUAAUGUUCCGCAUGUACACAGUAUUUACGAAGUACAAUUGCAACAUCGAGGCGAAGGAGAAAAUAAGCACGUGCGACUAUGCUGGAAAUUCACUGGUACCACUGAGGAUAGACUGUCUGGCAUACCAUACAGCCAUCUCACUGGGCCUUUCUCAUACUUCCUUGUGAACAUCAAUGGAACGCAAUGUGGAAGAACGUAUACUCUUGAAAGUAUCUUGACUAAGGAGAUGCAGAAAACGUUCACGGAAAAAGAGUUGGAAGUCGAAAUAAUUGGGGUUGGGUUUGUUGGGCAGAAUCUAGCUCGUCAUGUCACAGCACUGCACCUGAGCAGUGAGUUGAUCUGA